UGUAACGCAGAAAGCUGCUGUUGAAUGUCACACAGAGUAAACACCAACAGGUUUUUUUAAUGAAAGGGCGGAUUUAAUUCUUCAUUUUAAGUCCCAAAAAAAGGCGAAGGAGACGAUAAAGAAAGCGCCGGACAAUCUGGAUUAACACAACUACUGCUUCUAAAUGGACUCUCGGAUCUUCGACGAGAAAAGGACUUUUUUUAAAUUUAAUUAAAAUGAUCAUUGUGUUUGUUUAAGACGUCGCCAGCGUGGGAAUUUAAGUGAGGAUUGAACGCCAAGAUGAGGAAGGUGCAGCAGGUGCUGUGCGUCCUGCUGCUGUGUGCUCUCCGACUCUGCAGCGCGCAGACAGAAGGAGUGGUCGUUUGCUUCGGUACCCAGAAUUUUUUCAGCAUGACGGGAAAUUCAGAGAUCCAGUACAACCGGAUUAAGGAGAUAUACAGCGGCUGUGAGAUUGUGAUGGGUAACCUUGAGAUCACCAUGAUGGACCACACCAGAGACUUCUCUUUCCUGCAGUCUAUCAGGGAGGUCACGGGCUACAUCCUGUUCGCCGUCAACGGAUUCAGUCAGAUUCCCCUGCACCACCUACGCAUCAUCAGGGGCACCACACUGUACGAGAACAAGUACGCCUUGGCUGUGAUGAUCAACUACGUGAAGGACGGGCAGCAUGGCCUUCAAGAAUUGGGCUUGACACACCUUACAGAAAUACUGGAGGGAGGAGUCAUGAUCAUCCAGAAUAAGUACCUGAGCUACGCCCCGCAGGUGAACUGGCUGGAUAUAGUGAAGGAUGCAUCGGCUCAUAUUCUAAUCGAGGACAAUGGGCCGGAAAAGCCGUGCCAUGAAGCGUGCGGAGACAAACCAUGCUGGGGUCCAGGAAACGACACGUGCCAGAUCUUGACAAAGACUGUGUGCGCUCCUCAGUGUAACGGGCGAUGCUUUGGUCUAAGCCCGAGCGAGUGUUGCCACAUUGAGUGUGCUGGAGGCUGCACCGGACCUUUGGAUACAGACUGCUUUGCUUGCAGAAACUUCAACAACUCGGGCCCCUGUGUGCCUCUUUGUCCCCGGGCUCUCAUCUACAACAAGCAUAAAUUCAAACUGGAGGCCAACCCCAAUGCAAAGUACCAGUAUGGCUCCAUCUGUGUAGCCCAGUGCCCCACAAACUUUCUGGUGGAUGGCAGCUCGUGUGUGAGCAACUGCCCGUCUGAUAAAACGGAGGUGGAGAAAAAGGGAGUGAAGAGAUGUGAACCCUGUAUAGGCCUCUGUCCAAAGGCUUGUCACGGCACAGGAAGUAUAAACAGACAAACCGUCGACGCUUUCAACAUUGACAGUUUCAUAAACUGCACCACGAUCCAGGGCAGUCUGCACUUCCUGGUGACCGGGAUCAAAGGUGAUCCUUACAACGGCGUACCGCCCCUCGAUCCAGAGAAACUGAAAAUCUUCAACACGGUGACGGAGAUCACAGAUAGCCUCAGUAUCCAGUCAUGGCCUAAAAACAUGUCUGACCUGUCAGUCUUCUCCAACCUGCAAACUAUUCAAGGCAGAACGCUUUACACAGGAGUGAGCUCUAGAAGGGGUUACGCUCUCAUGGUGAUGAAGAGCUCCUCUUUGACCUCCCUGGGGUUACGCUCGCUACGGAAAAUAAACGAUGGCGGCGUCUACAUCACGGGAAACAAGAAGCUCUGCUAUCAUGACACCGUCAACUGGACACGUAUCUUAACCAGCAGCUCCCGUCAGCGACGUCAGAAACCCAUUGACGUCAAGGAGAACAGACCAAAAAAUCAAUGCAUUAGUGAAGGUCAUGUGUGCGACCCCCUGUGCUCCUCUGAUGGCUGCUGGGGCCCAGGGCCAAACCAGUGUGUGUCCUGUAAGAAAUACAGCAGAGGAGGAACUUGCGUGCCAGACUGCAUGUUCUUAACCGGGGCGAGGCGGGAGUUUGCUACUCGGUCAGGGGAGUGUAUGCCAUGCCACCCUGAGUGUAAGGUUCAGGAGGGGAAGGAGACCUGCACAGGCUCAGGAGCUGAUCAGUGUGUAGUAUGUGCCAGCAUGCAGGACGGUCCACAUUGUGUCUCCUCGUGUCCUGAGGGCGUGAUGGGAGGGGAGGAAGUCAUCUUUAAAUACCCCAACAAGGAAGGACGCUGUGAAACGUGCCACGUCAACUGUACCCAGGGGUGCUUCGGUCCAGGAAUUGGAGACUGUGUUGGGUCAUCCCGUUACAUUUCUGGACAAGCGACCACGGCCAUCGUACUGGGAGUGAUUGCCAUCCUCUUCGCUUUAUUCUCUGUUUUCGUGUUGACCAUUCUGUACCGCAGAGGUCUUGCCAUCCGUCGCAAGCGAGCCAUGAGGAGAUACAUGGAGAGCGGAGAGAGCUUUGAGCCUCUGGAUCCAGGAGAGAAAGGGGCUAAAGUCCAUGCUCGGAUCCUGAAGCCCACAGAGCUGCGUAAAAUCAAGCUGCUGGGUAACGGAGUGUUUGGAUCAGUCCAUAAGGGCAUUUGGAUUCCUGAGGGCGAUACAGUGAAGCUUCCUGUGGCCAUAAAGGUGAUCCAUGAUCGCUCUGGACGGCAGACCUUCAAUGAGCUGACAGAUCACAUGAUGAUGAUGGGGAGUUUGGACCACAUAAAUGUUGUCAGGAUUUUGGGUGUCUGUCCUGGAGACAGCCUGCAGCUCGUCACCCAGCUCAGCAGUCAGGGCUCCCUGCUGGAGCACGUCAAGAACUGCAAGAACAAUCUCAGUCCGCAGAGGCUGCUGAACUGGUGUGUUCAAAUCGCAAAGGGUAUGUAUUACCUGGAGGAAAACAGGGUUGUCCACAGGAACCUGGCCGCCAGAAAUGUUCUCCUGAAGAAUAACUACACCGCCCAGAUCUCAGACUACGGCAUUGCAGACCUGCUUUACCCUGAUGACAAGAAGUACUUUUACAAUGAGGUCAAGGCACCGAUCAAAUGGAUGGCCUUAGAGAGCAUCUUGUUUCGCAGGUACACACAUCAGAGCGACGUCUGGAGUUAUGGAGUGACAGUAUGGGAGAUGAUGUCGUACGGGGCAGAGCCAUACACUACGAUGCGUCCGAUGGAAGUUCCUGAUCUGCUGGAAAAGGGCGAGCGACUGUCUCAGCCUCAGAUUUGCACCAUUGAUGUCUAUAUGGUCAUGGUCAAGUGUUGGAUGAUUGAUGAGAAUGUCCGCCCAACAUUCAAAGAGCUGGCAAAUGAAUUCACCAGAAUGGCCAGAGACCCCCCUCGCUACCUGGUGAUCAAAGAGGAGUGCAGCCAACAGGACGCAGCCCCAGAUGAACCCGUCCAGCGGAGUGUAGACCUGGAUGAGCUGGAUGAUGUAGACAUGGACAUUGUAGACCAAGAGAUGGGGGUGGUAGACAUCUUAACUCCAGCUCCUCACUAUCUGUCUCAGUCCAGAAGCCUCAGUCGCCUGUCAAGGAUGGACGCCCACAGAGGUGUUCUUGCUCCAUCAAACGGGGCUGGUUACCUGCCUAUGACCCCGGGUGUUGACAACCCAGUACAGGCCAUAUGGCAGUCACGCUCUCGACUAAACUCAGCCCGCACUGUGUCUGAGAGCUCGGAGGGCUGCGGUAUAACCGUGGAGCUGGAGAUGAGUGAGGACUUUUCUAUGGGAGGGAGCCCGAAAAGGCGGCGUCAUCGCGAGGACAGCGCUUACAUGUCGCAGAGGGACAGUUUGUCUGGCGGGCCACCAGAGACUCCAUCACCACAGAUGGAGGAAGAAGACCAGAAUGGAUAUGUGCUUCCUGGAGACAGUCCAGAGAGAGAUACCUUACUUUCCACAUCUCGAGCCGUUACUGGCAGGAUACGCAAGUCUCAUUCGUCUGGCCUGUUGGACGAUCCAGACGAUGAAGAAUACGAAUACAUGAACAAACAGACGUGCGUAACACCUGUCUCGCCCAGACACAGCAGCCACUGGCUGAGGCCGAACAACAAGAAGCGCACCUCCUCUGUAUCGUCACAUACGACGGCGUGCUCAGCUGACACCGCGCUGUCUGUGGAGGUCAGGGGAGGUCACACGAGAAGCAAUCACAACUCUGAUGCAGAGCAGCAGGGAUCUAAUGAAGUCGAAUAUGAAUACAUGGACAUCAGGGGGAGUGAAAAAGAUGAAAGCCCUCCAGCACAUGAUCCUCCUCCUCCUCCGCCAGCAAGGAUGGCCAGAGAGGUGCAGGAUGAAGAGGAGGAGGAGGAGGAGGAGGAGGAAGAAGAGGAGGACGAAUAUGUGGAGGACAGCAACUAUCAUUACACAAACAGACAGCCAAAGCUGCGACAAGCUCUUCAAGACAGGAAGGAGCUGAAGAUACAAGGAAGGGACGAAGGCGAGGCGUAUGAGUACGAGGACAUGGACUGCUUUGCGACCGUGGGACCCGGCGAUGCAGUGGUGUACCAGAACUUGCGGAGGGAAGCAGAGGGAGCAGUAGGGGGCACAGAGGCUCAGCGAUCUGGGUUUGAACCCUACGUCAAAGUGCGAGCUGGAGUCGGGGUUGGGGAACCUGGAGCCGGUGACAGAUCUUUUGACAAUCCAGACUACUGGCACAGCAGGAUGUUCCUGAAGCCCAAAGCAGUGCCUACAUGAAGAACAUUUUAAAUCUCAAGACACUUCCCUCUGAGACAUAUUCAUGAAGGACUCGAAACAGGAAUUACAACCAAAAGCCAUGUUUGAACGUGUAAUAAUGUAGCCUAAUGACACAAUUUCAAAAACCCAACAUGUGACUGUGUGACUUUUUCACAGCUUCUACAGGCUGACAUCACGUCUUGUAUUUAGGCCUGUGAUUUGGGGCAUUUAUAUUAUCACUGACUGUUGGAAACACUAACAGAAACAAGCUAUAUAUUUUCCUGUUUACAUUUUGAAACGAACAAAGAUUGUGUUUAAGAACAAAUGUAUUUGUUUUUUUGAUUUUGGAUGUUUUCAGACCUCUCUUUAAAUGAUGAUAUAUGAAAUACAUUUUCUACUCAAUAAAAAAUAUUUUGAA